ACUCGCUAUAAUUCUCGGUGUCGUUCUUUCCCGCAAAUCCUCUUCUUCCUCCUCCUCAAGUUCGUCGUCGUCCGGAAACGACACAAUCUCCGGAGACCCGAGUCAGUUCACGAAAGACGCGAGGCUGAAACAGAGUUUUUGGGGGAUAGCGUAUACACCUGAGGGGACUUUGUAUCCGGAUUGUGGGGCGAAACUAUCUGAUGUGGUCACGGAUAUGCAGCUGCUCUCCCAACUAACCACCCGAAUCCGAGUAUACGGAGCUGAUUGUAACACCACCGCACUAGUGCUCACCGCUAUCGAAUUGACCAAAACCAACCUUACCGUGUACAUUGCCAACUUCCCCGAGGCAGACGACAACGGCGAAGCUUAUGACCGUCAAAAGACUGCGAUUCAGAGUGCUAUUCAGACUUAUGGUACGAGUCAUAUCGCGGGUGUUACGGUGGGGAAUGAGUUUAUAUUGGAUUAUCUCGACGACAACGGCGGAACAGACCCCAACAGCGCCAUCGGUGACGCCGGUGCGGCGAUUCUUCUUGGGUUCAUCAACGACACGAAGACUAUGCUCUCUGACCUAAACGUCGAUCUCAAAAUCGGAAACGCAGAUGCUGGGUCGUAUUUCAAUGAUCUUGUGUUGGAGAGCGUUGAUUAUGGGAUGGCCAACGUCCACCCAUGGUUCGCGAACCAAAGCAUCAACGACGCAGCUGGAUGGACUUGGAGUUUCUUCGAAACCACAGACGUAGCACUCGCACAGACUUUGGCGAAUCAACCGGAUAUGUCGAUUGCGGAAACUGGAUGGCCGACGAACUCGACAAAUGUAGGUAAUGAAUCGGAUGGGCCUUCGGUGGCUUCGGAGGCGAAUCUUCAGAUCUUCCUCGACACCUUCGUCUGCCAAGCAAACGCCAACGGGACCGAGUAUUUCUUCUUCGAGUACUUUGACGAGACGUGGAAGACGGAGGUGUAUGGUGGAGUUGAGGGAUAUUGGGGGUUGUUUUAUUCAAACCGAACGUUGAAAAAUGUCGAAAUACCCGAUUGUUCGUGAUCACGGCUGGCUAGGACGACUACUAUUACAACUAUGACAACUAUAACACACUAGCCAACGAAUGAAUGAAGAAUGGAAUAAAGAUUAUAUAUAUCUACCUCCCACAAAACCCUGCACGUCACUGCCCCACAGAACUCAGGAACAUUUUUCUCGGACCUGGAUAAACGAACGCUUCCCUUCCCUUCCCCACUUAUUCUCUUGUACAUCCCCCUCAUCCUUGAUAACUCACAUUUUCAUCAGAUUACACCACGAACUACCCCCUAAUUCUCUUAUUUUCGCUAUUUUACCCCCUCGGUGCGUCGAACUAUCUCACUUAACGUCCUCUGUGACUUUUUUGACUCCGCAUCAUUCCGUUUGUUAUGUUUCGUUCUGUUUUGUUGUGUCUCGCGAGCUGUCUAGUGCUUUGCUUUGCUUCUCGAAACGAUGGACAUUAUG